AAGUCGCGAAAAAAUGCCUAGGCUGUCCUCCUUCAAAAAAAUCAUCUAUUUAGUUUCUCUGUCUAUGAAGGUUAUCUAUAGAGUAUAUAAUCUUAGAGAGUAGUUGUCAAAUUGUUUUGGAAGGUUGAGGUGUUUCCCGAUUAAAGUAAACUCGAAAUGGCCAAACCAAAGAAGGUUUUAGAGGAAGCACGGGAAUUUCAAAACCCCGAACUUGAUUUAUUUGAUAAAGGGAUAACUUCUUUUGAGGAACUUCCUGGAUUAUUAAGCAUGACGAAUAUAACACGGCUGACAUUAAGCCACAACAAAAUUAAAUCUGUACCACCAGGCUUAGCAAAUUUAACAAAUCUAGAAAUAAUAAAUUUUUCCAACAAUUUUAUUGAGGAAUUACCUUUGUCAUUAUCAUCCAUGCCAAAAUUAAGAAUCUUGAAUUUGUCGAUAAAUCGUUUGUAUACUUUACCAAGAGGUUUUGGUGCAUUUCCAGUUUUAGAAGUUUUAGAUUUGACAUACAACAAUUUAAAAGAGGAUGCCUUACCUGGAAAUUUCUUUAUGAUGGAAACACUACGUGCCUUAUAUAUGGGUGAUAAUGAUUUUGAAUACCUUUCACCUGAUAUAAAGAAUCUUAAAAAUUUGCAGAUAUUGGUUCUUCGAGAAAAUGAUCUAAUAGAAUUACCAAGGGAGAUUGGCGAACUUACCAGACUUAGAGAACUCCAUCUUCAAGGAAAUAGACUUACCAUAUUACCUCCUGAAAUAGGUAACCUGGAUAUGUCUUCCAAUAAAUCAGCUUUUAGAUUUGAAGGAAAUGAGUGGGUUGCUCCAAUAGCUGAGCAAUUACAGUUAGGAAUAAGUCAUUUACAAGAUUACUUGAGAAGUGAAACAUACAGAGUAUUAUACAGCAGAUUUGCAACAAACAAACCAACAAUACCUCCACCAUGUGUUGAUAAAGCCAAAAAAAUAUCUCGAAUACGUUAAUUUGAUACAAGAAUACACCUGUGAAGUGCCAUAGAGUUAAUUAUCCAAUUUGUCAAUUGAUAUUAACUGUUAACAUUGUUUUGUGCACAAUGCACCAAAAAUAUUCAAAGUUUUCAUAAAUUUUUUCCAAUAUUUCAAGUUCAAUUUCACAUCUCAUAAUCUGUAUGUACCUUAUACUAUUAAUUAUUUACUGUUGAUAAUGUUUUGGUAAACUUAAUCAAUCUAUAUAAAGCAUAGCUACUCUUCAUGCCAAAACAAAGUGAACAUAAUAUGUACUUAAUGUUUCAUUGAAUAUUAUUGAAGUGCCUGUAACACUGCCUUAACAGUAUAAUGAAGCCUCGUCAACUCAAUAUUCUCAGUUAUACCAACUGAAUAUGAUUUUCCUUCGAUUAACUAAUGAUAAAUGUUUUCUUACUGUAACUACUAAUCUAAUAGACUAAAUCUCAAAAGUACAAAAUUGCCGAUUUAAUAAUGCAUUGAAAUUCUAAUAAUAAGACUCUGACUAGAAGAUAAGUAUUAGUGAUCACUUCUUUUCUGUUUAUAUUUAAUAUCAAACAAAAUUAGUAACAAACGAUAAAUAUAAAAAAAUAUGCACUAAAACUCAUUUACAUUAAAAAUCUUGAGAUUUGAGUUACAGAGUAUUUAUAGUAUUAACAUUAACAAAACAUACUAAAAUAUAUAUUUUUUAAUAUUUUUAUUUUUAAAAGUAAAAUCGUCAUAUAUAUUUGACGCCCAUUAUGUAAGAAUAAUUUUCUUUAUCAAAUUUUUUCAAAGUUUUUUAUCUUUUAUUCAAAAUACUUGUAGCUUCUUUUUCUCUCAAACAUGGGUUUUUGUGGACUUUUUCAUUCAUUUUUUUACAUUAAGCCUUCUUUAUACCAUACUUGAUUCUAUUAGAUACGUUUCAAUGUUAUUGAGUUUAACUUUUUAGUUUAUAUUUCAUUACUAUAAUGAAUCAAAAAAUAUCAGCCAGCCAUUUACAACAUCAUGAGACCAAACAAACAUUCCCCUUUCAUAACGAUAAGUCAGAACCAACUUACAACCUCAGAUAGUAUGGGUUUUGUUGAUUAUACUGGCUUUUUGAAUUCUAGAUGCUAGCUAUUUUUUUCUCUUAUUGACCUUAUUCAAACUGAAAUUGUACCAUUUAAAAUCCCUAUUGAUAAUCUGAACUUAUACAUUACACUGAUUAAGGUGCAAGAAUAUCAAAACUCUUUAUUUUUUUAUUUCUUUAACCACAUAUUAAAAUAUAUUGUUAAAAAAUAAAUUGAAAUGUUUUUAAUGUUAACAUUACACUUGUUUCUUUUGUUCAACUGUUUAUUGAUAUUUAUUUGUAGUGUUACUAAAUGUUAUAUAUUUGUCUUUUAUAUAUUGUACUGAUUAAAUCUCAUAUAUUUUUUACUAAAUUAUAUUAAUAUUUUCAAACUAUCAUUAUUGAAGUUUAUCAUUCCUGAGUCAUGUUACCAGCAGUACUUUAAUCCAAAAUCAUCCAUAAAAACCCAAAACUUUCAAAAUAAGAAUGUAGUAAAAUAAAUAAAACACAGGUUUGCAUCUCGAAACAUAUAUAUAUAUAUAUAAAAACAAAAUAUAAAAUUUUGAGAAAACAACAUUAAGUGUACAAACGUGCAAAAAAAUUAGUUUAGUCUCAACAACAAUUUUUAAAAUUGAAAAAAGCGAUUAUAUAAUGGAAGAUUUGUCAUUGUACUCAUAUUAUGUUAAAUAACAAAAAUUAAAGUGAUUUUUCUUAGUGCUUACGCCAACAAAUGAAAAACCCAAAUAAUCCUGAAUUUUUUACUUAUUUAUAAAAUGGAACUUCAUAAUAAGGAAUCAAUAAUGUAAUCAAAGCCACCAAUUAUCUGUUAAACAAUGAGUUUUUAUGAAUGAGUGAAUACAAAAAACUAUAACCUGUAUUCAAUAUUUAAUUAAUUUGAACUAAUUUAGGUUAAUUAAUAUUUGUUUUGUUAAUUGUUUCUUGAAAGAUUUCCAACAUCGCAUUUUCCCUAUCAACUUUAUAAAUAUGUAAAAAGUUUCAGUAUUUGAUUUUAAUUAAAGCGAGAGAAACAAGAA